AUGGAUAUUCUCGUCUACAAUCCUUUGACUGGUGGUGUACUUUCAGGUCGCUUCAAAAGCAAAGAAAUCCUCGCUGACGGCGGUCGGUACUCGACUCAGGACCCGGUCAUUGGAGUGAUGUCUCGCGAUAGGUAUUUCAAGAAUGUGAACUUUGCGGCCUUCAAGUUGAUUCAGCCUGUCGCUGACAAAUUGGGGUUGACGCUCUUGGAGAUUGCGUUCAGAUGGCUUCUUCACCAUAGCAAGCUCCAGGUCAUGGGUGGAAACGAUGGGUUGGUUAUUGGCAUCAGCUCGCUCAGCCAGCUUGAGAGUAGUCUGGAUAAUGUUGAGAAGGCUCCUUUGCCAGAAAAGGUUUUGGAGGUAUUGGAUGAGGCAUGGAAGAUCACUAAGCCUUCUUGCUCUCUUUACUGGAGGGAGUCAUAUCAAUUGGUUGACGAAUUGAUUGGUACUGGAAGUUGGUCCUAUAUGAGUGGAUGUGGCUUGGUAAUAAUUUCCGUUGACAAGUUGAUUCUGCUUCAAGUUCCUGAUUACUUUACCUUUUUAUUGACCUCAACAUGUCUUGCUCAUAAUGUUGUGUCUGACCUGUUGCCUUCGCCCCAACUAUUCCAAUUCCAGCACUGGUGUCAGCUGCCCAAUCCAGCCAAGCGCCAUAAGAAUCGUGUUUCUCACGACGGCGCAGCAACGCGUUGCGACAUGAAAACACUCAUCAGAAAAAUAACUCCUCGUCCUCGUCCCCUGCCCUGCGGCUCAAUCAACCCACGAGAGACGAAUGGCUGCUUCGAUGCCAGCUUCCCUGGCGGUUCAUGUACCAAUGAUCCAGCCUGCAUGUGCACCCAGAAGAAGUACCGCGAGGCGUAUUUCUGCUGUAUGGCCAAGAAAUGCGACCCAGAUGUGAUGCCUGAAUCUGUCGAGCGCCAACAUACAGGAUGCCAGGCUAGGAACCUUGACUUCACCUUUGACGCCGAGAAGGUUUGCGGUAUGAAGUUGGACGCGAGCAGUACCUCUUCCGCGUCUUCAACCAUGAGCGAUGCCAUAAACACUUCGAACGUUUCACACGGAUCUUCAGCGACAUCGGCACCUGCCUCUACGACAUCAGAUGUAGAAACUACGAGUGGCACCAAGGACGCCGAGAGUGCUUCAAGGACUUCAAGUACUGCUCAGGAGUCAUCUACAGGUGGUGCAGCACCUGUGACUGACAAUGCACAACGCUUGAGUAUACCAGUUGGUGGAAUCGCCGUGCUUCUCAUGAUUACUGGGAUGCUUCUUUAG